AUGGCGCCAAAGUCGCGCUUCACGAGGCUCGAUGCCUUCACAAAGACUGUCGAUGAGGCCAGGGUGAGAACCACAUCGGGCGGCAUUGUCACCAUAGUGUCGCUCCUCGUUGUUCUUUACCUUGCCUGGGGAGAGUGGAGCGACUACCGCACUGUGGUCAUCCACCCGGAGCUCAUUGUGGACAAGGGCAGAGGCGAGCGCAUGGAGAUUCACCUCAACGUCACAUUCCCUCAUGUGCCGUGCGAGCUUCUAACACUUGAUGUGAUGGACGUCUCUGGUGAACAGCAGCACGGCAUCAUGCACGGUAUCAACAAACUGCGCCUAAAGCCUUCGGCAGAGGGUGGUGGUGUGAUUGAUAUCAAGGCCCUGAACCUGCGUGAAGAAAAAGACGUCGCCGUCCAUCUUGCUCCCGACUACUGCGGCUGCUGCAACACCUGCGAGGAAGUUCGAGAUGCCUACGUCCGCUCCGGAUGGGCUUUCGGAAGCGGCGAACGCAUCGAACAGUGCGAGCGUGAACACUAUUCGGAGAAGCUCGAGGAACAAAAGGCUGAGGGCUGCCGCAUUGAGGGCAGCCUCCGGGUGAACAAGGUUGUUGGAAACUUCCACCUGGCGCCCGGCCGAAGCUUUAGCAGUGGAAACCACCACGUGCACGAUCUCAAGAGCUACUGGGAGCCAGGCAAGAAGAACGUCAAGCACGACUUCAGCCAUACCAUCCACUCUCUUCGGUUCGGCCCCCAGCUUCCUGCCGAUGUCACCGCUAGGCUUGGAUCCAGUAGCUUGCCGUGGGUCAACCACCACUUCAACCCCCUCGACGGCACCAAGCAGGUGACGACCGACCCGAAUUUCAACUUUAUGUACUUUGUCAAGAUCGUCCCUACCUCUUACCUUCCGCUUGGGUGGGAGAAGAAGGUCCGCCGCAUCAUCGACGAGGAUCGUGCCGACCUUGGCGCUUUGGGCGCUGCCGGCGAUGGCAGUGUCGAAACGCAUCAGUACUCAGUUACCAUUCAUAAGCGCAGCCUGAGCGGAGGCAAUGACGAAGAUCAUGCGGAAAAGUUCCACGCCAAGGGUGGAAUUCCUGGUGUCUUUUUCUCAUAUGAUAUUUCGCCCAUGAAGGUCAUCAACCGUGAGCAGCCGUCCAAGUCUUUUACUGGUUUCCUUACCGGCUUGUGCGCUGUCAUCGGCGGUACCCUUACCGUCGCUGCUGCAGUUGACCGGGGCCUUUUCGAGGGAACCACCAGGCUUAAGAAGCUACGAGCCAAGGACAACUAA